CCUGCCGCAGUUUUCGCCGCGUCGGCAGACGGCGCGUGAGUGUCGACCGAGUAAGACGUGCGAGGAAAGUCACCCGAUCAAGUCGACGCUGCGCGCGCAGCCGUCACCCUGCAACCCUCCGCGACUCCACUGCCUGGCCCCGGUCGACGAAAGGGCCCGACGGGCCCGCUAAAUCUAGAAAAAUGCCCUCGUUAGAAGGAAGAAAUAUGUGCAAAGGAGAUGAAGACUGCUCGGAGAAGCAAUAUUGUUACGACGUUUCCGGUUUCUGCGUCGAUUAUACACUUUGUAGCAGAUACAAUCGACAGGAAGCUCAAACCUAUUCCCGACAUCCAUCACAAUGUGGACCUUGCAUCUCGGGAUACAAUGCCGAGGUCUUGUCCACCGGAGAAGUUUCUUCGCUGUGUAAAAGGAUCACUUCAGAUCUUGAGACUGCCGAAUUACAUCAAAAUACUAGCAACGCCAUGUUCACCUUGGUCGGCAGUAUUAGUAUCUUCGUCGUGUUAGGAAUCAUAAUAUCCAUUACUGUACUGAAAAAAGUGUUCUUCUCGAGGAGCAAUGAUGCCUGCGAUAAAUGCCCUUCUACGAGGAGCUUCGAUCCAAGCGCACCACCUGUGGAGAACAAUCACUUGAUUGAAUUUGAACUGCCGCUCCAUCCUCCGGCAAGUAACAACAAUGAAAAUCUGAAGGACCGCAACAAGUUGGUCAAUGCCACGCCUUUUAAGGAGCCCGAUUGGAUUCGAGGGAAUUCAAGUUACGAACAGCACUUAAGGGCCGAUAGUCCUAAUGCUGCGGUUCAACUUCUUCCUCAGCAACAAUUGCAGUCGAUCGAAGAAAGUGACCACAAUACCUGGUCGCAAGAGCAAGGAGCGGUGCAAGAAUCAUCUCAGCCAUUCGCUGUGGAACAACGAGACAAUGACAUGAACGCAGCAUUCAACCAGCGGAUUCGACCACUUCCAUCUUCGGAGGGAGAAAGCAACAAUGCCUCCGACUCGGGGAAUUCUCACGAGAGCGACAAUCAAUCGAGCGUGCGGAACUUUUUAAUAUCCCAGAAGAUAACCAUGAAUCUUAAUGUACUUAACGGUGAUUACAAGUGAUACGAAUCGUCGUACGAAUUAUACUUAGUGCCUAUUCUAACGAUGCUCAAUUCGUAAUUAUGAGCGGCAGUCAUACAAUGGCGUCAUAUCAUUGUUACACUUUGACUGUUUAUUAGUAAUUAAUUUUAUUAACUGUACAUAAGGACUUAGUGUCCCCGUUUCGUUGCACCGAUGAGUAGCAAGGAUGUUUAACGGUCUUUGCAUUCAUAUGUAGACAUGUAUGUUGUAUGAAUAAAUUUUGUACGAACAGUUCACUUUUA